GGCUAGUCCCUGCAUUAUCGUCAUCAUCAAGUGACCGUUCAGCUCACAACCCCAGAUUCAAAAUACAACAUUGUUUCUUCUGGUUUGUUUCUUCCUCAUUUCUACAAGACACCAUUUUCAUUGGCAUGCAAAAUUCUUGUUCUUUGUAUGAAAAAAUGGGGUACUCAAAUGCACCCAGGGCGUACUACUCCACUCUGCACGAUUCAAUCACCUCUCUGUGCAAGACCAUUCUUCCGUUAGGCCUCAAGAAAAGGUGUUUGGUUUCCGCAGAGCACAGACUGUGGAAACUUCAAUCCGACAACCUCAAAUGGCAGCAAGACUCUCUCCAUCAGAUUCUCAACUUGUUGGCUCUACACAAAGAUGACAUCCUCUCUGAAGAUGAGGUUUCGGCUUUCAGGGCCCAUUUGCUUGAUACCCUUCUUGCUUCUCCCCCUCCAGAACAGGAUCAUGCCUCCAUCAUCAAAGACAAGCUUAUGUUCUUACAGGAACUUCUUCAUGCCAAAUGCAUUUCUGAAGGAGAGUAUCAAUCUUCAAGAAGGCCUUUGCUUGUGAGAUUGGCAGUUCAAGGAGGUGAGAUUGAAGGCAGGGAAGUGAUCAAUGCAGGGCUGGCAGACACCAAAGAAAAUCCUGAGGAAGAAUGGUCAGAUAUUGACUUGAAGGAUGAUCAGUGCUUGAUGAACAAAGAGAAUUCAAAUUCCAAGAAGACAUCAAAGCAGCCAAGGAAGCAGGUUAUGAAAGGAGCAACUUCGGUUUUAAGCUUUGGAUCUCCUUUCAAACCUGGGAAAAACUCAAUGGAGAAGAGCAUAUUCAAUUCACCUACUUUGCACAUGCACUCAGCGCAAUCAAAAGUCUCUUCUUCCUCUAUCUUUACCCAAAGUGAAUUGAGGCAUCCUAAGGAAAACAAACCCUUCAGGGAUGGAUCAGAGAAGAUGAAGAGGAAGCCAUUUAGAGCUCUAUUUCAUAGGGAUAAAAAUAAGAAAGAGGGGCAUGGUGGUGGUGGAGAUCAUCAUGGUCUUGAGGCAGAGAAAUCAGCAAAAAAACAAUGGGGGUUUGAUGGGUUGAGGAAAGGCAAGAAAAGUGACGCAGAUGAUGACACAGUUCCUUUGUCUCUAAAUGAGAGGUCUGAUAGUGAGGCCUACUUGCCUUCCUAUCAGCAUUUUUCAAGAGCACACGGUGAGGUGUCUCUGAUGAACAAGUUGCAGCCUGAUGAAUCACCAUCUGUUUUUUCCGUGGAUGACAAGGUUUCGGAGGAGUAUGUAAAGAAGAAGCUGUCAAGAAUGCCUACAGAAAUGAGGAGCACAAACACAAAUCUAUACUUCUCACCAAGGUGUGAUCGGCAGAGCGAAGAAGACAGGCACAAUGAUGCAGAAGUGAAACAUGAAAACUCGAUGGGGUGGACAACAUUUGAAGACGAGGAAAAUCUUCACCCUAACCUUUUUGUUAACCAUGGUUAGAGUAAGUGGAUCAUCUCUCCAGAACCAGCAAAAGUAUUACUGUUUGAAUUAUUUGUAUAAUAUAUGUGUUUAUAGUUAUAUCAUAAUGUGGUCUCUCCUAAACAAUAUUUAUAUUUUA